UUCGCAGUUCAGCUCGAUCCGCUCGUGAGCUUGUCUAUUUUCGACGAUCGUUUCGGUUAAGCUGAGAGGUGCGUGUUUCCAGUUUUUGGGCUUUUCAGACAGUUAAAGAGCGUGAUUAAUUAGCGGGUAGACGUGUCAGUGGGGAUAUCGAAGCAAAUUGUGUAAUCUUCACACGGGCAGGCGGAGGCGACCUAGUGCCGCUCAGUUGCUCGGUGUCUGGACGAGCUGCGGAAGGAACCGGUUAUAUUGCGCGCAUCGUGGAGCAUGGUGAUUUUUGCAUCAAGAAUUUAAGUCGCAAACUUUGAGACAGUGGUUAGAAUGAGAGUGAUCCUAGUGGUGUUGUUGGCGAUCGGGUUCGGUGCCGUUGCGUAUGGAAGAACUUCGGAGCGGCUCAAAGUGACGUUGCCCCACGGGGGAUCGCUAGUCGGAAGGUAUCUGACUUCGUUCAGUGGACGCGGAAUUUUGGCGUUCCUGGGGGUACCGUAUGCGAAGCCACCGAUUGGAGAAUUGAGAUUCAAGGCACCUCUUCCAUUCGACUCGUGGGUCGGCGAACGGCUCGCCACUGCCGAUGCCCCCCUUUGCACCCAACGGGACCCGUACCGGAGGGACGAAGAAGUUUCCGGUGUCGAGGAUUGCCUACAGUUGAAUGUGUACGUUCCGGAACGACCGGCCCAGGAGGGACCGCUGCCGGUGAUGGUGUUCUUCCAUGGAGGCGGCUGGCAGUGCGGAUCCGGCAUGAGAGGCUUCUACGGACCGGACUUUUUGCUCGAUCACGACGUAAUCUACAUUGGAGCCAACUUCCGGUUGGGUCCCCUUGGCUUUCUGAGCACCGAACAGGAAGACUGCCCGGGAAAUAAUGGACUGAAGGAUCAGAGUUUUGUGUUGAAGUGGAUUCAGGAGAAUAUUGCUUCGUUCGGAGGGGAUCCCGGUUCGGUGACGAUGUUUGGCGAGAGUGCGGGAGGAGCCAGUGGCACCUAUCAUAUGAUGUCUCCGAUGUCGAAAGGCCUAUUCCACCGGGUAAUAUCGCAGUCCGGAGUGAAUCUGGACGCGUGGGCUCAACCGGCACAUACGGGAGUUGCUCGGAAGCGAUCCGUUCAGUUGGGUGACAUGCUGGGAUGUCAUCAGGGACGAGACGGGAAGUUCCGGGAGAUGAUGGAUUGCUUGCGCAAGGUCUCCGGGGAGGAUGUGACGAAGGCGUUCUAUGGGUUUUUCACUUGGGACACUGAUCCGAUGAUUCCGUUUCCACCGGUCGUUGAACCGGACCUACCAGGGGCCUUCAUCACCAAACAUCCCCGGGAUGAGUACGAACCGCAUGCGCUUGCCCUGCCCUGGAUGACCGGCUUGACAAUGGACGAGGGAGCUCUGAAGAGUGCUU